GCAAGAGUGGAGCAGGAUGCAAGAUUUUGACAAGAUGAAAACUUUGAAACAAGAAUGGGUUUGCAAAUCAAGAGCUGACAAUCAGAUUCAGAAUGGUAUAGAUGAGAAGAGUUGUGAUAUUUUUGUUGAUAACCUUUUUGAAGAAGCUCAGAAAGUUGGAGCUAUAUGCACACAGCAGGCUAAAGUAAAAAAUCAGGCGGAUACAACAAUUAAAUUAUGGAAAAAUGGAUUCACAGUGAAUGAUGGUGAACUCCGAAGCUACACAGAUGUUGCAAACCAGCGCUUCUUGGACUCUAUUAAAAAAGGAGAGCUGCCUCCUGAAUUACAGAAGAUCUGUGGUAAAGAGGAGGUGAAUGUGAAGGUGCAAGAUAAGAAGGACCAAGUGUACACCCUGAAGAAGCCAGUAUUUCACCCUUUCUCUGGUCAAGGAUACAGAUUGGGAAGUGCCACGCCAAGAAUAAUCUAUAAAGUAAAAAAAGAUGUUGAAGAAAAUGAAAAGAGAAAAGCAACAGUGGUGUUAAAUAAUUCAGAACCCAUCACUAGUAUCCAAAUUUGGUUAGCAGAUGGAACCAGAAUAGUACAAAGAUUCAACACUUCACACAGAAUAAGCCAUGUCAGAGACUUCAUAACAAAUUGCCAAGGACAACCUGGAAGAAAUCCCUUCAUGCUGACAACAUCACUCCCUUUUCAGGAGUUGCUGGACGAAUCUCUCACGCUGGAGGAAGCUAACUUAAAAAAUGCUGUUAUUGUUCAGAGACUUAAAAAAAACAGUGAGCCUUUCAGGAGUUUGCCCUAGCCUUCAGCGGCAAGAUGGCCUAAAAUGCACCACAAUAGAGCUGCUGCAGGGAAGUCUUGUAAAAAAAAGUCAGACAGUACCCAUUAAACAGUAGCCUGGUUGAGUUUGUUUCACCAUGCCCAGCAGCUAUCUGUUAGUGAAGCUCUACUUUAGUUAAAACCAAAAAGAAACAAAAAGCAAUAUCUGUUGCGUGGCAGCUACAGCCCGACUCUGAAUGGGCAUAUAGUGUGGGCUGUACGAAGUCUGCUCUAAUGGGGUCUUCUGUUCUUUUUUGAAACAGUGGCCUGGCUGGAAUGUAAUACCGUGUUUCCCUGAAAAUAAGACAGGGUC